GAUUAGAUUCUGAAGACCCUCUUAACAAUAUUUUAUUCUUCAAUCAAAAAAGCUCAGAUGAUAUGGUCUCUCACGCAUCUAGUACAAUAACUAUUACUAUAAGCUCAGCAUAUUGGCAUGAUCAGAAAGCUAGAAUUCCUGAAAGCCUGCACCAACAAUUACCACA